UAUAUAUAAUUUAUCUCUUAGCUUUAGGGUUUCUCUCUAACGAACUCAAAGGUCGAGCCUUUUCGCAGUUGCAGCAGCAUCUCUGUUCCGUCUAUCUCGCCGUCGUCAACAUGGGUAAGACACGUGGUAUGGGAGCUGGGCGCAAGCUGAAGAGGCUUAGGAUUAACCAGAGGUGGGCGGACAAGCAGUACAAGAAGAGUCACCAAGGCAAUGAGUGGAAGAAGCCUUUUGCUGGAUCUUCUCACGCUAAGGGUAUCGUCCUUGAGAAAAUAGGUAUUGAGGCCAAGCAGCCUAACUCUGCCAUUCGUAAAUGUGCUAGAGUUCAGUUGAUCAAGAACGGCAAAAAGAUUGCUGCUUUCGUCCCUAAUGAUGGUUGCUUGAACUACAUUGAAGAAAAUGACGAAGUGUUGAUUGCUGGGUUCGGGCGUAAAGGUCAUGCCGUCGGAGAUAUUCCCGGAGUCAGGUUCAAGGUGGUGAAGGUCUCUGGUGUCUCACUCUUGGCCCUCUUCAAGGAAAAGAAGGAGAAGCCUAGGUCUUAGAGACUCCUACUGCUUCUAAUGGAUUUUGAUAUUUGAAACACUCCUCUGUUCUACUUAAAGAUAAUCUGUUUGGAUCCAGUUGACUCUUUUUGAGUAUUCUCUCCUCCUCCACUAGAGCUUCCUCAUUUUCUCUUUUAUUUUACCACUCUCAAUAUGUCUCACAUAAUCCUAUUGAAACCUUGUUUUGAAAUGUUAAUCUUCUAAGUUUUCACA